CUCGGAUUACUGCUCAUUUCUACUGCGCGACUCGCCGAGUAUUUCAAAAGCUUACGAGUGGUAACGACGAUAGUCAGAGCGCAAGCAACAGCAACAGCGCAAGUAGCAGUCGACUCCCUUCACUUUCCUCUCCUCACCUGAGCUCAGUCUCAAAGCUCCACACACAUACGCAUCUUUCUCCCUCCCCCACUACCCCUCACUACCCUCAUCCUACCUCUCCUUUUCCUCCCAAUCCGCAAUCGCUCAGGAUGAAGAUUUACGCCCUCAUGAUCUUCGCUACUCCACCCGGGGGUAAAGCUGUUCCGCUCAGUACGGCUUGGAAGUUGGACGACUUUGGGUGGCUCGAGAGGGGGGCAGUAAAGGAUGUUAUGGCAUUUAUGGCAAAGACGGUCGCAGAGCGUACACCUCCCACCCAACGUCAAUCCGUUCAAGAGAACAGCUACGUAGCCCACGUCCACGCUCGUCCCGCCAGUGAUGGUCUAACCGGUGUCCUAAUAAGCGACUCUGAAUAUCCAGUCCGAGUCUCCUUCUCUCUCCUCAAUAAACUCCUCGAUGAAUUUCUACUAAAAGUACCAAAGGUUGAAUAUUCACAAAAGGUUAAUGCAAUUGUGGCGGGUAGUGUGGAGGGACCACCCAAGGGGGAGGGGGUUGUGCCGGCUGGAAAGUUUCCACCGAUGGCGGAUUAUGUAGUGAGGUAUCAGGAUCCGAGACAGGCGGAUGCGAUUAUGAAGGUUCAGCAGGAGCUGGAUGAGACCAAGAUUGUAUUGCACAAGACGAUCGAAUCCGUCCUGGCGCGUGGAGAGCAUCUAGACUCCCUCGUGGAGCGAUCAGAGACACUCCAGGCCAGCUCAAAGAUGUUCUACAAGUCGGCAAAGAAGCAGAACAGCUGUUGUAUCGUCAUGUAGAUUCGCCUAGCCGCCCGGGUUCCCCUUUUUUGAAUAGUUUCACGCACACAGACUUAUUCUAUUUACACUGCUGUUGCUUGCGUAAGGUUGUGAAAUGCUCCAAUGGUCAGAUCGUACAACGAGACGUGGGCAAGUUGUAUGUACAUUGUGCUGCCGUUCCGCAGACAGAGCUUCAAGC